AGAGGCCGGGGCCCAGCUGUCAGUCGCCGUUGCCGCAGCCCUUCCCCGCAGCUAGCGGCCCGGACGCUCGCCCAAGAAGAUGAACCCCCGCCGCUACCCCCAGCCCAGCCAGACGCGGAGCCGCCGCGCCCGGGGCCGGCUCCCUCGUUAGCGCCCGCGCCCCGCGCCCGCCGCCGCGCCGGGUCGCCCCCCGGCCCCGCGCCCGCCCUGGCAGCGACAAUGAGCGAACAAAGUAUCUGCCAAGCCCGGGCUUCCGUGAUGGUCUACGAUGACACCAGUAAGAAAUGGGUACCAAUCAAGCCUGGCCAGCAGGGAUUCAGCCGAAUCAACAUCUACCACAACACUGCCAGCAACACCUUCAGAGUCGUUGGAGUCAAGCUACAGGAUCAGCAGGUUGUAAUCAAUUAUUCAAUUGUGAAAGGGCUGAAGUACAAUCAGGCCACACCAACCUUCCACCAGUGGCGAGAUGCCCGCCAGGUCUACGGCUUAAACUUUGCAAGUAAGGAAGAGGCGACCACGUUCUCCAAUGCAAUGCUGUUUGCCCUGAACAUCAUGAACUCCCAAGAAGGAGGCCCCUCCACUCAGCGUCAGGUGCAGAAUGGCCCCUCUCCUGAGGAGAUGGACAUCCAGAGAAGACAAGUGAUGGAGCAACAGCAGCAGCACCGCCAAGAGUCUCUGGAGAGAAGAACCUCAGCCACAGGACCCAUCCUCCCACCGGGGCAUCCCUCAUCUACAGCCAGCGCCCCUCUCUCAUGUAGUGGGCCUCCGCCCCCUCCCCCACCCCCGGUCCCACCUCCACCCGCAGGAGCCACCCCCCCUCCCCCGCCCCCUCUGCCAGCCGGAGGAGCCCAGGGAGCCAGCCAUGACGAGAGCUCUGCAUCAGGACUGGCUGCCGCCCUGGCUGGGGCCAAGCUGAGGAGAGUACAGCGGCCAGAAGAUGCAUCUGGAGGCUCCAGUCCCAGCGGGACCUCAAAGUCUGAUGCCAACCGCGCAAGCAGUGGGGGUGGUGGAGGAGGCCUCAUGGAGGAGAUGAACAAACUGCUGGCCAAAAGGAGAAAAGCAGCAUCCCAAACAGACAAGCCUACUGACAGAAAGGAAGAUGAAAGCCAAACGGAAGAUCCUAGCAUCUCCCCAUCCCCAGGGACCCGAACCACCAGCCAGCCACCUAACUCCUCAGAGGCCAGUCGGAAGCCCUGGGAGCGGAGCAGCUCAGUGGAGAAGCCUGUGUCCUCGCUGCUAUCCAGAACCCCGUCUGUGGCAAAGAGCCCUGAAGCUAAGAGUCCCCUUCAGUCGCAGCCUCACUCUAGGGUGAAGCCUGCUGGGAGUGUGAACGAUGUGGUCCUGGAUGCCUUAGAUUUGGACCGGAUGAAACAGGAGAUCCUGGAGGAGGUGGUCCGUGAGCUCCACAAGGUGAAAGAGGAGAUCAUCGAUGCCAUCAGACAGGAGCUGAGUGGGAUCAGUACCACAUAAGGCGGCCACCAGUCACGGAGAACAGCGAGGAGCCCUGCAGCCCCAGGCCUCCAGCACAGCAGAGAGUACGCACUGAAGCUGGGACGUGCUUCAUUUAAAAGUCCCAACCUGUGAUAAAAUAUUAAAUGAGGAAACAAAGUUCAACUCCUGGAUUUUUUUUAGAUUCUACCUGACACAGAACACCAGGUCUAUUCUUUUUUUGUAUUUUAUAUUUGCUUAUUUAAGUGUACAUUUCUUUUGGUUUAUAGAGAAGACACCCCCGAAUCACCUGCUUCAUUAGAGGGUUUCAAGUUUUCUCCUAGGUGACGCUGUUAGCACCUUAGCUGGCAGUGAGCAGCCAGGCAUGGCGUGCCUUUCCACGCCAAAUGCACCUGUCCGAAUGCAGCUCUGCCCCAGCAGUCAUGGUGUUAACAGUCUGUCCACGCAGUGCGUGUUCUGUCCAUACAGUAAUAAACCGCUUACUGUCCA